GAGCGCGACAGGGGCUGGGGCGUGGCGGGGACCGGGACGCAGCGGCUUGGGGCCCCGGGGCGCUGCAGGGACCGGUACUUGGCGGGCGCAGCGGUCGGCGGGGCGGGUUCCACGCUGAGCUGCCUCCUCGGACGGCUGGUCCCUGUGGCGGCGGCCCGGGGCGCUGGGGCGCGAGGCCCUUCACCAUGUACACUUUCGUGGUGCGUGACGAGAACAGCAGCGUCUACGCCGAGGUCUCCCGGCUGCUCCUCGCUACAGGCCACUGGAGAAGGCUGAGGCGAGACAACCCCAGAUUUAACCUGAUGCUGGGAGAGAGGAACCGGCUGCCCUUCGGGCGACUGGGUCAUGAGCCUGGGCUGAUGCAGUUGGUGAAUUACUACAGAGGGGCUGACAGACUGUGUCGUAAAGCUUCCUUAGUGAAGUUAAUUAAAACAAGCCCGGAACUGUCCGAGUCCUGCACGUGGUUCCCCGAGUCAUAUGUGAUAUAUCCAACUAAUCUGAAGACUCCAGUUGCUCCAGCGCAGAAUGGAAUCCACCCACCAAUCAAUAACUCAAGGACAGAUGAAAGAAAAUUCUUCCUGGCUUCUUAUAACAAAAAGAAGGAGGGUGGAGAAGGCAACGUCUGGAUUGCAAAGUCCUCAGCUGGUGCCAAAGGUGAAGGCAUCCUUAUCUCGUCGGAGGCUACAGAGCUUCUGGAUUUCAUAGAUAACCAGGGCCAGGUGCAUGUAAUCCAGAAAUACCUUGAGCACCCUCUGCUUCUUGAGCCAGGUCAUCGCAAGUUUGACAUUCGGAGCUGGGUCUUGGUAGAUCAUCAGUAUAAUAUCUACCUCUAUAAAGAGGGUGUGCUUCGGACUGCUUCAGAACCAUAUCAUGUUGAUAAUUUCCAAGACAAAACCUGCCAUUUGACCAAUCACUGCAUUCAAAAGGAGUACUCAAAGAACUAUGGAAAGUAUGAAGAAGGAAAUGAAAUGUUCUUUGAGGAGUUUAAUCAGUACCUAACAAGUGCUUUGAACAUUACCCUGGAAAGUGGUAUCUUACUACAAAUCAAACAUAUAAUAAGGAGCUGCCUUAUGAGUGUGGAGCCGGCCAUCAGCACCAAGCACCUCCCUUACCAGAGCUUCCAGCUCUUUGGCUUCGACUUCAUGGUGGAUGAGGAGCUGAAGGUGUGGCUCAUUGAGGUCAACGGCGCCCCUGCUUGUGCUCAGAAACUGUAUGCAGAGCUUUGCCAGGGCAUUGUGGACCUCGCUGUCUCCAGUGUCUUCCCGCCCCCAGACGUGGCGCAGCAGACCCAGCAGGCUGCGUUCAUCAAGCUCUGACGGAAGGAGGUGCCUCGAGCGGCCUCGGAAGAAGCACGGGGUCUGGCUUCAGGGGAAGGUGAAACGACCAAUUCCUCACUAUCAAGCCAAAACAAGUGGAAGAGAGGCAACUCCAGGGUGGAGGGAGAGCAUAGAAGAAAGACACCUUCCCCAAAGAGCCGUGACCUGAGGGUGUGUCCCAGAUUGAGCUCUCCACACUGCUAGGGAAGACUUGAAAACUGAAGGAGAUUUCUCUGAGGGAGAGCAAAAUGUCCUUCCAAGGGGAAAACACAGGGACUUGAUUAUUUUAGGUUCUCAUCCUUCUGAAAGUCUUGUUUUUCUCCUAAGGCAGCAUUGUGAGCAGCACCUAUCCUCCCUGGGGGUCGCAGACCGUUUGGCCCUUUGGUUGGUGUCUUUCCACCUGCUGCAGCCUUAGUGCCUUAGCGCUGUUCCCAGCAGCACCCCUUCUGUUCUGGGGCAGGGACUGGAUGCUAGAGCAUUUGGGAGGUUGCUGAUGUGUUCCCCCGCUCCCUGACACUCUGCCCCCUGAAAUCGGGACGUGCAUGCACCCACAGUUCUGGAUUUCACACUGGACACGGCCCUCGCAGCGAAGAGGGUUUUCCUCAUCGUGUAUCCUGAUGGCGUUUGAUCAGUCAUUUGUCAGGAUUGGUGUUGGUUGGGCACCAAAACAGCAAACGCCGCUCUGAGUCUGCUCUCUGCAUGUUUUCGAAACAAAGCAGCAGGUCUGCCCUGAACCUGUAAACAUCAAAUAAGCACGAAAGAGAAAAACAUGAUAUCUUGCUUCACUUAUCAGAGUGGGUAUGGUGGGUUUUUGAAAAAUGAUGACUUGCAAUUAUCUUUGUUUUAACCAGAGUUCUAAAUGAACUUUUGCGAAGUUCCCUUUUCUUCACUCUUUUUUUUUUUUUAAAAAAACAAAAAACCUUUGUACAAA